AUAAUUGCAUGCCGAGGUUUUUAUGUAUCGGUGAAAACAAGGUUAUCUGGGAAAAUGGAGCCUGACCAAUAAGCCUAUAAUUAUUCACAGUAAGUGGAGGAAGAAACUAACAGAGUUAGCUAGGCUGUUAUAUGCUUGCUUUCCUGAGAUGAUUCACUUUGCAUUGAGAGUGAUUUAUGAUGUCUACGAGUAUGAGCCGAAUGCCCAGCCUUCGACUUUACAUAGGGCCUACAUGUAUUCACAAAACAGUGUCAUUGGAUAUGAUAUUGCGUGUUUAAUUGUUAAAAAAAACCGCACAGCGUCGGGUUGGCACAACAAAGUGAGGCAAUACCGGUGGUCAUUAUGAGGACCAGAUUUCUUUGGAGUCGAGUGCGCUGGAUUGGGCUGACGUUGAUUUUCAUCUUGGGAACGCUUUCUUUUGGUUUGCAUGCAGUCAUACAGCAGAUCGGAUCAGACACCGCUGUUGCCACUAAAAUAGCAAAAAAACAUAAUCUCGACGAAAUGGACAGCCGCAUUCCCGUCUCAUCGUCGCGUGACGGAAGACGCAAAUUUUCCCAGAGUGCGCCCUCAUCUGGCCGUUUCGUGACAUCACACGCACCCGCGGCCGCCAACAACUCCACAGAAGGUCCCCGAAACGCCUCGACAUUAGCCUAUGAGUUUGUCGUGGCUCACUAUAACGAGAAACUCGAUUGGCUGAAACCCAUCGCCAACCGCAGUCACGUGUACCACAAGGGGAAAGACAAGAGACCGCCUUUUGAUGUCUACAAGUGGGAGGAGUUACCAAACGUGGGGAGAGAACCCCAUACGUUCUUGUACCAUAUAAUCGCAAACUAUGACAACUUAGCGGAUCUUACUGUGUUCCUACAUGGGCACGGGACUUACGUCGACAAAGGCUACUGUUUUCCCAAACCCACAUACUUCCUAACCAACGCCAAGAAUAAUUUGUUCUGUAUAGAAAAGCCUCCCAUUCGCACUUGGGGCAGGCUGAAUCACUUCGGCAAGUGGCUCUCGGCCCUUCGGAAGGGCAAGAUGCGCAAAGCUCGCUUCACCUUGGGCGAGUUCUACGAGGCCGUGUUCGGUGCCAAGCAUCCCGAAACGGCGCCCAAGUGUCUGGCAGGCUGCUUUUCGGCUACCAGGGAAAUGAUCCGGCAGCACCCGGUCAGUUUGUACCAAAGGGCCAUUUUUUUCGUUGAUAACCACUCCAAUCCUGAAGAGAGCCACUACAUGGAGAGACUUUGGGCAUCAAUAAUAUAUCUGAUCUAGCAAGAUUGGUUAUAAUCUUCAAUUAAGGUAAAGAGAACUAAAGAUGCAUGGACUGACUUGCAACCUCUCAACUAAGUAAAAUGUACUGGCAAGGUUGAGUUGGGGCUUGACUUUUGGCCACACAGUACAGCAUGGCCUUUUUGAGAUGUGGUGGACACAAGUUGAGGGCGCUGUUCAGUUUGGGUAAAUUGGGGUAAAUACAAGAGUUUUAGGAAAGAUUUCCAUAUACGAAGUUCACUAAUUUUCCUCUGUAUUGACUAACAAGCCCCCAGAUAGCAAUU